CGCGCGUACGAGGCGGCUACUACUACUUAGCGCCUGGCGUCUCGCCUGAGUCGCCUCUGCUCUACCAGCUUUGCGAAUGUGUUUCCCUGCAGCAAACCAAGCAAACACGCACCACAGUGAGCCGCUGUCUACUCCCUCUCCGCGAACUCUUCAAGGAUAUUCCAUCCGAGAGGUCUCCACAUUUCAAGAGAAGACGAAAGCCUUAUUUGGAAAUCUUAUGGACGAAGAAAUGAGUCGCCAGACUGCCACCGCGCUGCCCACAGGAACCUCCAAGUGCCCUGCCUCUCAGCGCGUGCCCACCCUUUCAGGAACCACUGCCUCAAACAGUGACCUGGCCAGUCUGUUCGAGUGCCCAGUGUGCUUCGACUAUGUCCUGCCACCUAUCCUUCAGUGCCAGUCGGGACACCUGGUAUGCUCCAACUGCCGGCCCAAACUCACCUGCUGCCCCACCUGUCGAGGGCCGCUGGGCUCCAUCAGGAAUCUAGCCAUGGAGAAGGUGGCCAACUCUGUGCUCUUCCCAUGCAAAUACGCCUCGUCAGGCUGUGAAGUCACGCUGCCGCACACGGACAAGACUGAGCACGAGGAGCUCUGUGAAUUCCGGCCGUAUUCCUGCCCUUGCCCCGGCGCCUCUUGCAAGUGGCAGGGCUCGCUGGACGCCGUCAUGCCUCACUUGAUGCACCAGCACAAGUCCAUCACUACACUGCAGGGGGAGGACAUUGUGUUUUUGGCGACGGACAUCAACCUGCCCGGCGCCGUUGACUGGGUCAUGAUGCAGUCAUGCUUUGGCUUCCACUUCAUGCUGGUGCUUGAGAAGCAGGAGAAGUUCGAUGGCCACCAGCAGUUCUUUGCCAUCGUGCAGCUCAUCGGGACCCGCAAGCAAGCGGAGAACUUUGCGUACCGGCUGGAGCUCAACGGCCACCGGCGCCGCCUAACCUGGGAGGCCACACCGCGCUCCAUCCACGAGGGCAUCGCCACCGCCAUCAUGAACAGCGACUGUCUGGUCUUCGAUACAUCCAUCGCGCAACUUUUUGCCGAGAACGGCAACCUCGGCAUUAACGUGACUAUCUCCAUGUGCUAAGAACUUUUACAAGAUAAAUGAGAGGGGGGGGCGAUUAGGGGAUGCUUCUGCUCGUGGUUGCUGCUGAACCUCUUAAAGACACUACGGAUGUGAAAGCGGACUGUCUUGUCAAGCAGCCGCGAGCCAGAGGGUGGAUGGACUCCAGAUUACAACUGUGCGGAGACGGUAGUAGCCUUAUAAACACAAAACAUUGGACUUAUGAGAUCCACUCUUGCAGUUUCGCAUCAUUAGAUGUAGGGCGUUCGUUAUCUGUCCCCGUCUCCUUCUCCUUUUUGUGGCCCCCGGUUGUUCACGUUUUGCCCACCGCCCAAGACACUCUAAGCAGGCAGAUGGACUCGUUCUCUCCGGAGGUUACGUAGCACCCUCUUCCGACUGGGAACCCGGAACCCUGGGUGUCCUCCAGAUGGUGAAUGUCUGACUGCACGCCGGACACGCGUUUAACCACACGAUGUGAUUGUGGAUCAUUCUCACCGUUACGCCACAAUCGCCUCUCAUGGAGUUCCACCAAAAAAAAAAGGCGUCGCAUAACCGACAAAAAGGUCUUCGGUCAUUUUGAGAAAAAAAGGGGUGUGGAUUGCUGAAUUUCAGUUGAGUUAAAUGUUCUUUUGGGGGGGGGGGGGAUUCUUCUGUCAGUGCGUGUGUUGGAGAAUGAAAGGUGAACAAACUGACCUGCUUACCUCUUCCAUCUCUUUCCUCCGAGCAUCCACGCAGGACUUGUUUCUCCUCAUUGAGCAGGAUGCCAUCAUUCUGAUGCGGAGAUGAUGUUUAUUAUUGUUUGUUGAAUUUGCAAAAACAAAUGGCGGUUGUCAAAGUUGUUGCUAAACAGUGUUUUGUAGGUGACAGCAAGUUAUAUUCUCUUCCCAAUUGGAUUGUUUUCUCCCUUCCUCUCUGUCUGUCCUCUUGUGGUAAGUCUCAUUGGUUUUUUUUUUUUUUUUUUUUUUGUUAAUUUUUAUGUGUCUCUCUAUGUGGAGUCGCCGUCAUCUUGCUGCUUUUCCUCAAAUGGACCCACUUUAGACUUUUUCUGUUUUAACAUGUCAUUAAAUAAAUUUAUCUUUUUCAUAUAA